AUGAAACAAACUAAAGAAACAAUGUCACUCAUUAAUUGGUUUCGUCGAGCUCGUGGCCAGCAGGUCGACUCAAGGGACAAUUGUCCAGAGUACCUCAAGUCUACCGUGUCUAUCCCUGUGAUCCAAGAUACUCAUUAUGUUGCUAAGAGUCCAGAAUGCGAGUCCCCCUCAACGAUCGGAUCGUCCCAAGAAAUCAAAGAUCAAAUUGAGCUGGAGAUGCUAUCCCCGGAAUAUGGUCGGCUUGGGUCCUGGAGAGGAGCUUUGAUCCUUUUCGUGACAUCAGGCUCCCAAUUCCUGGAUAAUGUCUUUAUGACUAGCUCAAAUAUGGCUUUGGCAUCUAUCCAAGAAGAGUUUAAAGUGUCCAACACAAACCUACAAUGGAUGAUCUCCGCAUAUACAUUGGCAUUUGGAGGAUUCUUGUUACUGGCUGGAUGUUUGUCCGAUCGAUAUGGAAGGAAAUUAGUUCUCUGCACUGGCCUUUUCUGGUUGACUAUCUGGACGCUCGCCAUCGGCUUUGGUCAAUCCUUCUUCCAACUCACGGUCUUCCGAGGCAUCCAAGGAAUCGGAGCAUCCCUCACUGUCCCAUCCGCCAUUGGAAUCAUCAGUUCCUACUUUACUGGUGUCGACCGAACUCGAGGACUAUCGAUAUAUGCUGCGUCUGGAACAGUCGGAUUCUGCGCUGGUCUUAUCUUCGGUGGUUUCCUUACCUCGUCUCUCGGAUGGAGAUACAUUUUCUAUUUGAUUACAAUAAUCACAGGCGGACUGGGUGUCCUGGGCUUGAUUGUUCUACCUCAAGAUCGUGAGGCUACCAAAGACCGGGCAAAGAUGGAUUACUUUGGUGCAGUCCUGUCAACUGCCGGCCUGAUACUUCUGCAGUUCGUCCUUUCUAGUGGCGGUGUAUAUGGCUGGGAUGCUCCGUUCGUCAUUGUGCUGUUAAUAUUGGCUGUUGCAUUUCUUGUUGGCUUCAUCGUGUUCGAGAAGUAUAUUAGCAACCCGCUGAUGCCACUUUCUCUUUGGAAGAUUCGAAACUUUGCUGGGUUAUGGAUCGCCGGUUUUACUUGCUAUGGAAGUUACCAGAACAUUAUUUACUAUAUCGUCUUGAUGGCCCAGAAAGUGGACCAUUUGUCUGCUGGCGACACAGCCAUUCGCUUCCUACCAAUGGGCGUGAUCGGAUUUAUCGUAUCAUUAGGAACUGGCAAGCUUCUCGAGUAUAUGAAUGCGAAGUACUGUCUACUUACUGGAUUGCUCUUAUCAGUCUUGGCUCCAAUCCCUAGUGCGAUCACAUCUACGGAAACUGAGAACUUCUGGGUCAACACUCUCGCUACAUCCCUUAUCAGCAUUUCUGCUGUAUCAUUCAUCUUUGUGACAACUAGCACAACCAUCCUGACAAGCGUCCCCGUUGAAGUAAAAAGCCUAUGCGGUGGAAUGCUCAACACUGCUUUCCAAAUUGGAUCGGGGGUGGCUCUCGCCAUCUCCGCCGCAACCACCCAAGCGGUCGAUAUUAAGAAGGGACAUGGUCUCCCUCAGCAAUAUUCCACCGGUCUCUGGUGCUCAGCUGGAUUUGCUGGGCUUGGCCUGGUGAUUGGCAUCUUUGCCGUGGGCCGGAAAGGAGCUGGACCCAAAGACCGAAUCGGCGGCCCCGUCGCGAUAUAA